AUGGUGCGUCAACUCCACGAUGGCAUGAUGGCGCGAGUCACGAACAAGCGAGCUGCCUCAGGGGCAUUCGCAGUGAUCAACGGAGUGAAGCAGGGCUGCGUCCUUGCGCCUACCCUUUUCAGUCCCAUGUUCGCUGUCAUGCUGAUGGACGUCCGCCGUGACGAACAUCCUGGGAUUCGCGUCGCCUACAGGACGGAUGGCCGCCUUCUUAAUCAGCGGCGGAUGCACUUCCAGUCGCGUGUAUCCACAACCAUCGUACACGAACUCUUGUUCGUCGAUGACUGCGCCCUCGCGGCAACAACUGAAGGAGACAUGCAAGGGAGCAUGGAUAUCUUUUCCGCCGCCUGCUAGGACUUCGGCCUCAUCAUCAACACGUAGAAGACGGUGGUCAUGCGCCAACCGCCGCCCGACGUCACAUCGCAAAUAAACGUGAACGGUGCCGCACCGCACGUGCUGGACAACUUGACGUAUCUGGACAGCAUCCCCUUCCUCAGCACCGAAAUCGACGAUGAAGUGGCCCACCAGAUUUCCAAGGCCAGUCAAGCCUUCCGUUGCCUUCAAAACACAGUUUGA